AACGGUUAAGAAGUUCCAAACAACAUACACAAAACGUUAAAACAUAAAGUCAACGCGCGGCGGGUUGCUCGAAAUAUAAUACGUGUAUAGGAUACAGGCGGCACGCGAGGCCUGUCUAGCGUCAACUUUGGGAUGGACGUGACGGUUUCAAGAUCAAAACACGAUGGAAUUCAGACUAGCUGACUAGUGCAGUGGGUCAGUGCAGACAUCGAGGAAUCUCACAGAAUGGCAGGUAGGCCUACCGCGCCGAUGAAAAUAGCAACCAUAGUGAUGUACAUGCAAGCCAGCCAGUCUGAGGAUCAGGUAUGCAGUCAUGAAGGAUGCCAAGAAACAAAGGACAGUGGGUAAAAGUAAGCCAAGUCAAGCCUCUUUGGUGUCUAGAGGAUUAGCAGCGAGGCCAUCAUUAAUGAAACGUAAUGAUGGGAAGAGCAGUGAUCCUCCAUCAGUCCGCUCAGGUUACUCACUGUACUCAUCAGACUCAGACAGUACCACUACGGAAGUCAACCAAGGACUGGAUCGAUGUGCAAAACUCCUCGCCAACAUCUUAGAUAACAGCAACCAAGGUCAUUCUAUCAAAACUGGCCAUGCAAAAUACAGACUUCAAAAGCAGAAAUUGAAGACGGGUGUCAAGGCCCGCGGAGGUAACUCCACCAAUUUGGAGCCCAGGCCCCUCAAAAGCGGGCCGAGGCAUCCGGCCCCAGAACGGAAAUCCACCAGGACCUCGCAGGGGAAGUCUGUUCUCUCUAAGAGUGCCAAGGGAAAAGGUGCCAUUACCUCACCAACCCCAGCAGUGUCUGGAGCUAGACACGGAAGACGUAAGGCGUCGGGGUCAAAACGUUCAAUGCUGUCUGCUGUACACGUCAUCCCAACGGGUCAGGAUGAUUUACAAGACACACCCAUUAGAGAAGCAAACAGGGCAGAUUCCCAACCCAUAAAAAGGAGGACGAAACACGUAACAGCCCCAGGAUUCCAAGACCACCUGAUGUCAUCCACACCUGCCGAGAGGGAAUCUCCUAAGAAAGCUCAACCAGCGGCAGCGAAUAAAACCACCAGACUUCCAAGUCCUAGGCAGGAACCCCAGCCAUCCACCCUCUCCAAGGAGAGGCACGGUCCCGAAAAUUGUGUGAUCAUUCCAAGCAGGGAGGAUGCCACAGCUUUAAGAGACAAAGCUCCACCAGGUUCGGGCAACUCUCAGAGAGCAUUAAAUGCACCUGUUACCAAACCCAAAGCACUUCUUGAGAGGGAAAUAAUAAAGGCAACUAAGAAGCUGGAACCAGACAGGGAUUGGAUGCAGUGGUAUAAAGAGUCACUAGCUCAGCAGACUAUGCAUGAAGGCCUGGGAAAGGGGCAUAGUAAUUCUUUAUUGCGUGACCGAAAUGGUGGAGCAGACCAGGAGAUACCCUCUAAGCCAGAGAGGGAUGCUGGCCAGGGCAUCUUGGACAGUAGAGUAACUGCACAUCUUAGUAAGCAGCCAGCUUAUCAGCCUCUUAAAGACAGCGAGGAUCUUCUCAGGGACUUGGUGCAACAGCUGACCAUCCUCAACCAGCAGGAGAAAGGGUCCCCACCCCAGGGCAACACCGAGCAGAUACUGCAGGAUUUGAUUCAAAGCAAGCAGCUUGCCUCAUCAGAGAGGCCAGCCAACGGGAAGGAUACCUGUGGCAAAACUGAAGAAGUGAUCAAUCCUGCCUUGAUCACAGACUCUGGUCCCCCUCUGUGUACUGAUGGACGCAGUGCAGCCCUGCCAGAUUUCCAUGUUGACAGCAGACAAUCGUCCCUGAAGCAGCUUCUGUCUGAAUUCCGUCAAACUCCCUCACAGCAGACUCCCAGUGCCAUCAGGCGAGGUGAUCUGAUGUCCACAUUUCCAUCACAUGCUCCGUCCUUUGACGUCAGAAAGGGUGUAGGUAACAAGUAUCCCUCUGGAACAACAAAUCUAGAGCCCACAAAAGACACUCAGACGCCACAGCCUCACGUGCCAGGUGCUUUAUCUUCACAAGUGACUUUCCUCACCCCGGAGAAAGAUCACUUCGGCAGUGAAGUUGAUGAUGGGGCACUAAAUCAACUCUCCACACCUUACGUUCAUCAAGGUGGCCAUGAGAGUGAGGCCUUGCAACUAGGAAAAUACAUUCAAGUUGGCACACCUGCAGCUAUGGCUCCCACCAGCCCACCACGGAGCACAGAGCCAUUGACCGUUGAACCCAGAGGCCAGGCUGCCAAGCAGGGCUCCUUGCAGCAGAUCAGGAUGCUGAAGUACCUGCUAGGGGAGUUACAAGCCGUUCUGGCAGAUCACGAGGACAUCGAGGUGUCAAGGCUCCUGAAUGAGAUGGAGGAUGUUUGCAACACCCUCCCCUACACUACCCAGAAGCAGCUAUUGGACCUGAACACAGAGGUCCUACUGGCCCUCCAGCCCUUGCAGUCAGAGAACGGUCAGCUGCGCAGGCGUCUGCGCAUCGCCAACCAGCAGCUGAAGAGCAGGGAGGUGGCGGAGAGAGAGAAGAAAGACGAGUCCUCAGUCAGCUUAGAAUCAUUAGCUCUCCAGGCUCUGAAUUCCAAUCUUCAGAAGCAGCUGCGUCAGGAGAGACAGGAGAAGGAGCAGUUACUUAAGAAUAACCUGCAAAUGAGUAAAACCCUGGAAGAGAAAGAAAAACAGCAUCAGGACAUGCUCAGGAUAUUAAAUGAUAAGGACACCAACUUGCUGAAGACCCGCCAGGAGACCCUGGAGGAGUUGCAGGACUUGCGUGAAGCUCGCAGCGAGCUCCAGUCCAAGGUGGACUACCUGGAACUGCAGGUGGAGGGCGGAAGCAAAGAAGCCCGCAUACUGCAGCUGAGCUUGGACCAGCGAGACAAGGAGAUUGACAGAUUGAAGAGUUUCAAUCAGAGCCUCCAGGAGCAAGUCAGGAAGCUGAUGAGUCAGCGGGGUGAAGAUGCCAACUCACCCAGGACCUUGGGAGGAAUCGGCCUGCAGAGGAUGAGUCGACUUCUCAUGGAAAGGAGUCCAAACACAGCAAACAAAGAGAAUAUCCAAAGUCCGUCUUAUCACCACUCUUUCUCCAAGAGGCAUCCCCAGCCUGCCCAGAAGUCGGCAAUCUCCCUCUCCGAGUCACAAAAUCCCCCUGUGCACUUACAAAACUCACUCAAGAAGAGUCCCAAGCAGCGUGUUACGUUCCUGGAGACUCAAGAUCAGAGAGACGAAGACAUCAGCAAGUGGGCCAGGACUGACACACUGUGGAAAGACCAGCAAGAGCUUCCUGGUGAUUUGAUACGCUUUGGCGCAAAUACAGAUGCAGAUGAUCUCCAGGGGAACUCGCUUGAUGCCCUUGAAGGGAAGCCAGAUGGUUGGAUGAUGGGAAUCAAACCUUCUCUAGAACACGACGCCCUUGGGGCACAUGCGGCAGAUUCCCCAGACAUGCUUCGCGCUUCCCCCAGACAAGAAGCAGUGAUGCCAAGUUUUAGCAGGGACACACCUGAUCGGGAUCACAUGUACACUGCGGGCAAUGCGUUCAGUCAGAGCACAGCCUUUGAAAGACAAACUCUCCCGUUCCAGUCCAAUCCAAGAACUGCUGAGCCGGCUUUCAGCCAAGAACAGCGACUAGAGAUUGACCGGAAUUCCGUCAUGCCAACAUCUCACAAAGGAAUAGACUCCUACACAGCAACAUGGAAAGCACCCACUAAGCCUACACUCAACUCUGCUACCUCUGACUCCACCGUGUCUUCUGUAACCACCGAGUUUGAGGCUCAGUUUCAGAGUGGACUCAGGGAUCUGGAUGCGGAGAUCGGUAAACUACAAGCUAGUCUGAAAUACCCCACUAUCAAGUCAUUAUGAAUGGACGUUAGAAUGUACCGUAGGCAAGUCAUGAUAAAUUAGGUCUUCAUCCCCACAGAAUGUAAUUCUCAAUUUCUUUAGCCCCCUUCUUGCCAUUUGACAAACUCAGCGCACAAGAACAUUUUACAUUCCCAAGGCUUCCUGAGGUAAUUUUUAUUUGCUACAAUCCAGUACAUGUAUAUCCAAGUGAUUUCACAGAAGUACUGCGGUGCACAGUGUACAUGUACUCAACUUGUUGAUCCCACAACAUAAAUGACUUAAAAUGAAAUUCUGUGAGUACAUUAAAUGCAAAAUUCUGUACUCCGAGGACUUGACCAAAUCGUGACAUCAUCAUAUUGAAAACAAAAAGGCUUGUAGCAGCUCUGGUCCUGAGCGCUGAGUUACACAUGCCAAUACGGCCGUUUCACAAUAGUGCGCCACCAAGAGUUUGCAACGCGUUGGCCAAUCACAA